AUGUCAUAUUCAAAAAUAUUUUCAGUUUUACCUGAAUUAACAUAUGAUGUUAUAAAAUAUUUUAGAAAUGAUCUUUCAACUUUAUAUUCAUGUAUUUUAGUUAACAGAUUAUGGUGUCGUUUAGCAAUUCCAUUAUUAUGGGAAAAUCCAUUUUCAAUUCCUAAACAAAAUUAUAACUUUAUUGGAAUUUAUUUAUGUAAUUUAAAUGAUGAAUUAAAAGCAAAAUUAAAUGAAUAUAAAAUUGAUGAUAAUUUAUUUCCUUCAAAUACACUUUUUAAUUAUCCCAUUUUUUUAAAAUAUUUGGAUACACAAAAUAUUAUUUCUUCUAUUGAAGGAUGGUCUAAAGAUAUUAUUAGAAUCUUAAAGAUUGAAUAUAAUUUAGUAAUUAAAUUUAAGAGAUUAAUUUAUACAUCAUUAUUUAAAAUAUUUAUUGAAAAUGAAGUAAACAUACAUACUAUUAAUAUUCACGUCAACCAUUAUUAUAUAGAUGAUGUGUUUGGAUUAAUGUUACAAACCCCUGAUUUCUUUCAUAAUAUUAGAAAUUUAAAAUUCCAUUUUAUUGGUCCUUCACUUGCUCAUACUCCUAAAAAUAGCGGUAUAUCACAAACGAUCAAUUUACAUCAAAAUCUUAAAAAAAUUACAUUGCAAGGUUAUUUUUGUUUUCCUUUGUAUCAGUUAUCAAGUAAUCAUAAUCAUUCAAAUACUUUAAAUACAAUCAUCUUAUUUAAAAUCAAUUUUAUAGGUAUAACAAAUUUAGACAAAGUAUUUGAACAAUUAAAUGUUUUAGAAUCUGUUCAUAUCAUUUAUUGUAUUUUAGAUACUUAUUUUAUUCGACAAAUAGUUAAUUUAACUAAACCAUUUAAGUUAAAAUCUAUAUUCUUAGAUAGAAAAUUACAAAUUAAUGAAUCAUUACAAUUAUUAUUACAAAAGUAUGGUGAUUACUUGGAAAAUUUUGGAUAUAGAUUUGAUUCUGAUUCGUUCUCUGAGAAACGAUUAUUUGAAUUAAUUAUAAAAUAUUGUAAAAAUAUCAAAUUUCUUGAUUUGAUUGUACUUAAUAAUUGGAUUAUUUAUCAGUUACUCAAUUUAACUGAAGAUGCAAAACAAAAUCUUAAUUAUCUUUCUAUCAAUGUCAUUAACACUUUAUCUUCAAGUUUUAUUGAAAGUGUUAUUGCAUUUAGUUCAACAAUAUUACGAAAUUUAGGUCAAAUACUUCCUUUUAAAUUAGAAUAUUUAAAUUUAGCUCUUAUUAUUAAAUAUAUGGAUGAUUUUGAAAUAUUCUUAAAAAAUUCUCAAAAUACUUUUAUUAAAAAAUUGUUAAUCACAAAUAGGAAAAUGAAUGAUGAGAAAUGUCAAGUUAUUCAUGAUUCUAUUCUAUUCUAUACAAAAGAAUAUAUUAUGAAAAAAAAAAGAGUCAAAUAUUUGGCUAUUGUUAAUUACUUUAGUAGUACUGUUAAUAAUGAUUUAUUUUCAUUUAAAGAUGAAGUGAAGGAAUUUGAGUUAUAUAAUAUUAAAAUUCAAAAAUAUAAAGAUUUGGUUAUUGAUAAUAAAUUAAAUUUUAUAGAAGAAUUGGAGGAUUUUUAA